UUCAAUAUUGAUGGUUCGAUCAGAAUUCUACUGGAGUGCAUAUCUCCUGUAAACGGCAAUGUACCGAGAUCGACGGUAAUAAUUGUCACAAUAACGGAUGAAAAUGACAACAGCCCCGAGUUCCAAGAAACACCCUAUAGCACUACCGUUAGUGAGUACUCUCAAGUUGGAUCAACCAUUUUCACAUUGAUAGCUACAGAUAUUGACAGUGGGGCAAAUGGACAAAGAAUCUUCUCUUUACUCAGCAAUAUUUCCUACUUUUCUGUCGGACGAACUGGAGAUGUGACCUUGUCGAAGUCGCUGGAUUAUGAAUAUGGUGAAAAGCAGUUUGAAAUGUCAGUGCAAGUUCGGGACACUGGUAACCCGUUUAGAAGUUCCGUCACAACACUGAUCAUAGCUGUAACUGAUGAAGAUGAUAGUGAUCCGGUCUUCCAGCAUGACAUCUAUGAAAUUACUGUAAUGGAGAAUGCGACAGGGAGCCUGAACACAUCACCUGCUGCCAUCCUCGCCUAUGAUCAAGACUUUGGAAUUAACCAGACACUUGCCUACUCACUGCAGGAAGCGUCCGCAAUACCAACAGACCUGUCAGACCUGUUGGUCUAUUUCAGCAUCGAUGGACAAACAGGAGAGCUGUCUGUGGUUAGAGGACUGGACAGGGAGGUAGUACAUGAUGUUACACUAAUCAUCAAGGCAGAACAGGCAAACAACAAUGUCAGAUCAGCAGAGGCUCGUGUGUACAUCGUUGUUCAAGACGCGAAUGACAACCGACCAGAGAUGUCUGCCAGCCAGUACCAGGCAACAGUGGUGGAGAAUACCCCCAGUGGUUUUCCUGUACUCACUGUCACAGCGUCAGACAAGGAUGAGGUAGGAAAUGCCGAGGAUUUUUCGCAGGCAUUUCAUCUCGAAGGCUUCUAUGCGGCGCUCUGUUUCUGCCGUGGUGGUCCAGGUUUCGCAGCCAUAGAGGAAGAUGGAGACUAUAAGUGUUCUGUACAGUUUGAUCUUGACUGGCAGACUGAUGUUCUUGUUCUGGAGGAUGGGGCUGAGUUUAGCGAGUGCUGCUGA